UGUCAAAAUAAAUAUCAUUUACUUCAUAUCCUGUCCUCCUUCGUUUUAAAACUAUUUGAAAUAACAGUUUCAACGGUGAAACUCGUUGAGAAAACUUAAAAAGUGAUUGCGUCUGCUGAAAUAUAUUUAAAAUUCAUCAGUCAACUGUGUGCAACAGACGUCCAAAGCGACCGAAAUAAAACUUUUGUUCAAAGUUCUUUGUGUGGUGCAUCGGUGCAUUCCGUUACGAAGCCAUGGAAGUCGCAAACAAAUCUACCGAAAUCCGUUGCCAAGAGAUGUCCAAGGGCGGGCUGGCGUACGAGGUGAUCCUCGCGGAGCCAAUCGGCGUGCCGGUGCCGCGCCGCGCCGACUCGCCAACAGAGAAGACGCCCUCUGUCGAGGAGAUUCAAGAGAAACUGAAGGCGGCUGAGGAAAGGAGACGUAGCCUGGAGGCGAGCAAGAUGGCGGCGAUCGCGUCAAAGAUGGCCAAGAUCGAGGAGGCGUCGCGCAUCCGCAGCGAGCAGACCAACAACUUCAUCUCGACCACGAAGGAGGCGCUCGACGCCAAGAUGGAGAACCACGAGGAGAAACGCGAGGCGUACAUCAACGAGCUGCGCGCCCGGCUCAAGGACCACCUUGAGGGCGUCGAGAAGACCAGACUGACCCUGGAGCAGCAGACGGCCGAGGUGUACAAGGCGAUCGAGGACAAGAUGGCAACGGCCGCGGACAAGCGCGACGAGAACAUUAAGAAGAUGCUGGAACGCCUCCGCGAACAUGAGGAGCAAGUGCGCAAGGUACGCGCCGGCAACCAGGAGCGGUUCCAGCAGCUGGAGAGCGCUAUCCAGGACAAGCUGCAGCAGGCCGCCGACCGCCGCCUCAUGCUGGAGGCCGAGCAGAAGGAGAAACUACGCAACCACAACAAUAAGCUCGCCGAAGUGCGCUCGGUAAUCACCGCCAAAAUGGAGGAGAUCACGAAGGACAUCGAGACCAAACUGACGGCCGCCGAACAGAAUAGGGAGAAAGAGAUGCAGAAGAAACUUGAUUUUGUUAAGAAGGAGGAGCGACGCGCGGAGCUGGUGCGGCAGAACAAGAGCGCGCGCGCCGAGAGCGAGACCGUGGGGACCGCCGUCCCCGGCGCUGCUGCCGCCGCCGCCGCGUCCUCCGGCUAGGCGGCCGCGCACGCCGCGCCUCCGCGCACUCGCAGCCGCGCCGCCUGCCCGGUGCACUCUGCACGCUCAUACACACACUCACACUCCGUACUCAACCAAACUUAAUAUUGUAACGCUGGACUAGUCCCUCCACACGUGCCACACUAACUUUUUUUUAAUCACACCAUAAACUGUCAAUAAUUUCGAAAAAAAAAAUGAUGUUAGAAAUCCUUAAAAAAAUGCUAUCGUAACGGUAUAAUAUAGCCGUUCAAACUAUAGUAUGCUUUAUAAUAAAUGCAACGUCAUUUUUCGUGUUCAUAAGCACGAUGUUGGCAUGAUUGUAUCAAUUAUGAAAUUACACGAAUCAUUAUAAACUUGUUAUUACAGAGUUACUGUGACACGUGAAGUGCGGACCUUUCCAGUACUAAUAAAUAUAUUGCACGCUGCGUAUGGCGGCUUCGAAUAACAAUUAUCGUUGUGCACUACGGCUAGGGUUACCAUUAUGGAACUAAAAAAUUCCAGCCAACAUGUCGAAUUUAAAAAAAAAAACAGUAAAACAAACUGACAAUAGUGCUAAAAUAAUACGUCCCACACGCAGCGUAUCUUUUACAAUGAAAACGAGCGAGUAAUUUAAGUCUAAUAUAAAACAUAUUCCAAACAAAUGGUAACCCUAGUUAUGGCUAAAUUAAGAGGAAAAAUGGCCAAUAACAGACUUAAAAAUAUUCAGAGCGGGCUCAUUUACAUUUGCAACAUGAUACACUUCACAGUCUAUAAGUGGAUAAUAUAAAAAUUACUGGCAUGCUUAUAUUUGGGGUCAUAAAUUAUUCUAAAUUAAUUUACACUAUGAUACAUAAAAGACAAAUAAAUUGACCUGUGUGAUUUGUUAAUGGAAUAAAAUUACGUAUUAAUAGUAUUACACAGUGGAUAUAUACACAGGUGUAACAGAAAAUAAAAUAGUAAUGUCCAACAUCCUGUAAACAUUUUAAACAUUUCCGUGGAUCUGAUCUUUUAUCCAGCAAUAUGGGUCAAUAUAGGAUUAUAUUUUGAAGGUUAUUUUACUAAAUCAGGCUAAGGAAAAGAGAAAAAAAUGUCCUAUUUCUAUCCAUGUUACUUGGAUGUUUGGCUUCAUGAAACACUUUUAAGAUUGUUAUAUACUGGGACCGAUUCUGAAACGCAAUUUAUCUAAACCUAAUAUUUUAAUUUGAUUAUUUCGCAAAAAUCCUGUUUUAUAUACCAUUAAUAACUAAAAUUAUAAUAAUUUUGAAAAUUAGUUCAAAUCUAGAUUCUUAGAAUAAAGAUUUUGUUGCUAUAUCAUAUUCUAAUUUCAAACAUAGGUUUAGAGAAAUGACUCCUCAUAAUCGGCCCCACUAUCUGAUCUGUUAUGUCUUGUUUACAAGUUAUCUGUCUUUAUUGUAUCAUAUCUAAGCGCAGUAUUGAGCUUGGCCGGUCCAUUUCGUUGUUGUGUGCGCGAGGCGCGGAGGCACUAUUACCACCCGAUGCGUCGGUGUUGUAACGUUGGUUAUUGUGAUAUACAUACCCUCUGUGCACGACAGCAUUCUCGCAAUACUUGUGUUACACCCGGACGCGCUUACACCACGCCACCAAAUAUUCCCCACGUGAUCAUGCUUACGACUAUCAACCUUUAUUUUCACCGGUACAUUGUCGCCGUUUUAAAAUGAAAGGCCUAUAUUAUUGAUGUAAGUAUAUGUUUUUGGGAUGAUCUCAACGAGAACCGACUUUUAGUAUUCCGGCCACAUUUUGUUCCUUAGAUAUAUCGCGUCACGGUUGGUUUACUAAAAGUUGGCCAGUUUAGGGUUCGGUACCUGUUAGACGACUAAUCAUUCGCCUGGAUAUUAAAUGUUUACAGUAAAUCGAGUGUUGUUGUCGCGGAGGCUAAGUAAAAAUGUGGUACGGAACCCUCGGCAAAUGAAUGUAGUGACGCACGAACGGGCGCCGGGCGGGUCGCGAGCGGGUGGGUGUGGAGGGGAGGGGGAGGGGGAGGGGGGAGGCCCGACGGGGACCAGGCACCAGACCCCGUCGCUAGUUUAUAGACUUAUAUCAUUAUUUUUAAUGUUUAUCAUACGCAACUGUAACAGUAUUUUAGGGAAGUAUAAUCUAAAUUUAAGUUUGUCUCAUUAAAUCGCCGUUCGCUAUGACUGUCCAUUGUAAUAUAAUGUUUUAUGAGUUACGUCGUCGAUUAUUUAGGAGGGAUGCCGUGUCGCGGGUUCGCUGGAUCGUGAAGUGGUUGCGCUCGGCGACGGCGUGUUGCGUCGCGUGUUGCGACACGCGUCACGCGUCACGCGUCACGCCACACGCCGCAUCGUCUAGUCUACACGUUUAAACUAAAGGCGUCCGUAUUAGUAGUAAUCUUCCCGUAAUGAUCUCAAAUGGUACAGUAUAGUCGGAGGAUAGUCAACAUCGGAAGUGCCUCAGUAUAAUUCGUAUAUCGGAUCUUGAAUAAUAUCAAUAAAUAAGUAACAUAUAAAACUGCCUUUCAUAGGGUUUUAUAUUUUUUUAAACGUAGUGGGCGGGCGCCGGGCCGCUGGUAUGGUGUGUUGGACACAAACCGCUUCUGUGAUGUUUUUGCUCUAGUGAUAUGUAUAUGUAACGCGACGCGUCACGUCCGCCAAUGCACAAAUGUUGCGUCUCAGAAGACAAAUUUAAUUCACCUAAUUACAAAUCACUUUAAGUCGAAAUAAUUUCAUUACAUCCAAUUGUUGAUUUCGUUGUUAAGUUUAUAACAUACAAUGAAUGUAUUAUCAAAUAUAUGAUUCACUUGAAGUUGUCAGCUUUUGUACGGCGCAAGAGUCACUCCAGUCGCAGUCGAACCUAAUUUAAACAACUUCAGGUCGAUCAAACUCUGUGACUGUGUGUGUAUUAUACUAAAUAUGACAAUGCCGCCAUAUUAAGUAUAAUCGUGCAUUACACAUUUGAUUCAUUAGGUAUUAUAAACUAAACAGAAUUCACCGGUUAAAUGGUUUACAAUUGCAUAUUUCAACCUUAAGAGUAUUGUUGUUAUGUUAGGUUGGGUUAUUUCUUCUGAUAUACAUCCGGCACAAAGGGCGUGGACACGCGAGUCGCGUGCGUUAAGUGAGAGUAUUCCUGUAUGUAUUUAAUAGUAUAUUUUUGCCAUUCAUUUAGCGAACUGUUUUAACGUCAAAGAUAAUAAUUGUAUAUAAUAUUAAGAGACGCUUGGCGCGUGGAGCAGUAGGUAGCGGGCGACGGAGCGCGGCGGGGCGAGCUGCUUGCCUGCUUCUCUAACUAACGCUAUAUAAUAUGACUAAGGGAACUAGGUGUAAGUUACUAGCUUGUUUCUCGGUGAAGACGUGAAAACCUCUGACCAAUUUGCCUUGGGUAUUGUGUAGCCUUAUAGAAUCUCACAAUCGAGACAAAUCAUGUAUGGCGGUGCAAGUUUUAGCUUACAUAUUGUAAUUAUAUUUUAUGAUUAUUGACUGUCCUCGUUUUACAUAUAAGUUGUGCGUACCUAACGUUAGUCACUCUCCUUGUCUCUUAUAGUGUUAUUACCGUUUAUUUUAUAUUUUAUAUGAUUAUUAUUAAUGUGCUUUAGUUUGUGAGGUAUAUGAAAAUUGCUGUUUGAAGUGCAGGCAACUUUUGUAGUUUCAUUGUCGUAACGAAUAAAGUCAUAAAUACUAAA